AUGCUUAGGAUAUUGGAAACAGAGCAUGAAGUUGGAGUUGGAUGCCUUCCAUUCAACGUAAAGGAUGUGUACAACUUUCUUAGCUCUCAAAAAUCAUUUAAGAGGGAAAAUGAUGCAGCCAAUCUUGUCCUCAAGUGCAAGCAUUUGAAAUCCUUGGAUUUGGAAUUCCAAUAUGAGUACCAAGUAGAUGAUGAGAACCGUUUAGAGUACAUUACUUGGUGUCAUAGUACUUCUAUUCGUGGUUACCAGCUCUAUGGUGAUGUUGUUGUAUUUGACACAACUUAUAAGUUGAAUGCGUAUGACAUGCCUAUAGGUGUAUGGGUUGGGGUGAAUAACCAUGGUUGUUCUGUUUUCUUUGGGUGUUGUCUACUAAGGGAUGAGCAACAAACGUCAUUCGAGUGGGCGUUCAAGGUGUUCCUCAAGUUUAUGGGUGGCAAGGUCCCCAAAACUAUUAUCACCGAUGAUGAUCCUCAAAUUGGUGGUGCCAUAGAGAACAUUUGUCCAGCCACCAAGCACGCCUUAUGCAUGUGGCAUAUUGCUAAAAAAAUUCCCGAAGUAUUGUCUAGUGUACUGAAGUCUCAAUUCAAAGAAUGGAACAAGGCUUUUCAAAAACUAAGCAAGUUAGAGACAGAGGAAGAUUUUGACAAGGGUUGGCAAGCAAUGUUGGAGGAAUACGAUCUAGUGGCCAAUGGACAUUUAAGGAGACUAUAUUUGAAUCGGUCUAAAUGGCCGAAACCAUAUCUUAGGUCUUAUUUUUUUGCUGGGAUGAGGACCAUCGGCAAAUCUGAAUCUAUGAAUACCUUCAUAAAGCAUACCAUCUCAUCACAGACUCAUCUAACUGAUUUCAUUGAUCAGAUUGGAAAGGCAGUAGGAGUGUUGGUUCAAAAGGGAGAACAAAAAGACAUGCAACAAAAAGCAACAACAUUAACAAUUUUGACCCAACAACCAAUUGAGAUACAUGCCUCAAAAGUUCUAACUCUUUAUGCCUUUCGGAAGUACCAAAAUGAGAUAGUGGAAUCGUCUUCAUAUGAAUGUUAUCAAUCUGACCAUGGGUUUUGGAUUGUUCGACAUGCGGAGCAUGUUGAUAAGUGGUGA